AUGAGGUGUGGUCCGCGGGCUGCCCUGGCCCUCGGGCUGCUGUGCUUCGGCCUGGGGAGUGGGUGCUCCGGGAGCGCCUCCCUGAUGCUGGUGCGCUGGGCACUGGGUCCCCGCUGCCUCCCCAGCCAGGGCGUGGGGGUGGGUUCUCACGUGUACACAUUGAACGGGACCGACCCCGAGGGACAGCCCGUGUCUUACCACAUCAGCUUUGACCCCAGCACAAGAAGUGUCUUUUCCGUUGACUCCAAGUGUGGAAACAUCACCUUGGUGGAAGAGCUGGACCGGGAGAGGGAGGAUGAGAUCGAAGCCAUUAUCAGCAUCUCUGAUGGUGUGAAUCAGGUGGCAGAAAAAGUUGUGAUCUUGGUGACUGAUGCCAAUGAUGAGGCGCCCAAGUUCAUCAAUGAGCCAUAUGUCAUCCUGGUUCCCGAGGACACGCCUGCCGGGAGCAGCAUCUUGAAGGUCCAUGCGGUGGACAGGGACACGGGCUCUGGAGGAAGCGUCACCUACUUCCUGCAGAACUCGCAUGCCACCCCGUUUGCCAUGGACCGCCACAGCGGCGUGCUGCGCCUGCGGGUGGGGACCACUCUGGAUUACGAGAAGGCCCGCGCCCACUUUGUCACCGUGGUGGCCAAGGAUGGUGGGGGAAGGCUCCGAGGGGCCGAAGUCGUGUUCUCAACCACCACCACCAUCACAGUCCAAGUGGAGGACGUCCAAGACACAGCCCCUGUCUUCGUGGGCACACCCUACUACGGCUACGUGUACGAGGACACUCUUCCGGGCUCGGAGGUGCUGACAGUGGUGGCCACGGAUGGAGAUCGGGGCAAACCCAACAACGUUCUCUACAGCCUCGUGAAUGGGAGCGAAGGAGCCUUUGAAAUUAAUGAGACAUCUGGAACCAUCUUGGUCACACAGAGCCCUGCCCAGCUCCGGAAAGAAGUGUAUGAGCUGCACAUACAGGUAACUGAGAUCAGCUCUGCAGGGCAGCCGGCUGCCCACUCCACCGUCCCAGUCACCAUCAGGAUUGUGGACCUCAACAACCACCCCCCAACAUUCUACGGAGAGAACGGACCCCAGAACAGAUUUGAGUUGUCUGUAUUUGAGCAUCCACCCCAGGGGGAGAUCCUUCAAGGUCUCAAGAUCACCGUCAAUGACUCAGACCAGGGAGCCAAUGCCAAAUUUAACUUGCGGCUGGUGGGACCUGGCGGCAUCUUCCGAGUGGUGCCUCAGACAGUCCUGAACGAAGCCCAAGUCACCAUCAUUGUGGAGGACUCGGCCGCCAUUGACUUUGAGAAGUCCACUGUGUUAACCUUCAAGCUCCUGGCCAUUGAGGUGAACACUCCAGAGAAGUUCAGCUCUACAGCCGAUGUGGUGAUCCAGCUCCUAGACACCAAUGACAAUGUCCCCAAGUUCACCUCCAACUACUACAUCGCCAGGAUCCCUGAAAAUGCUCCAGGGAGCUCCCACGUGGUGGCUGUCACGGCUGUGGAUCCAGACACAGGCCCCUGGGGCAAAGUCAAAUACUCUCUCUCUGGGACUGGGGCUGAACUGUUCCUGAUCAACCCCUCCACGGGGAUCAUCUACACCCAGCCCUGGGCCAGCCUGGAUGCUGAGGGAACGUCCAGGUAUAACUUCUACGUGAAGGCGGAGGACGCGGAGGGCAGGUCCAGCCUGGCUGAGGUCUUCCUCACACUGCUGGAUGUCAACGACCACUAUCCCCAGUUUGGACAAAACAUUCAGGAGAAGACCAUGGUGCUGGGGACCCCACUCAAAAUUGAGCUCGAGGUCCAGGCCAAGGACCGCGGCUCUCCUUCGUUCAGUACCACAGCCUUGCUCAGGAUUGACAUCACAGACACUGAGACCCUGUCCGGGCACCCCAUGGCCGCCUUCCUGUUGCAGACUAAAGACAACCCCAUGAAGGCUGUGGGUGUGCUGGCCGGCAUCAUGGCGAUCGUGGUAAUCAUAACCGUGCUCGUCUCCACGGCCACCUUUUGGCGCAACAAGAAGUCCAACAAGAUUCUGCCCGUCCGGCGUGUGCUUCGCCAUCGGCCCCGCUCCACACCCCGUACUGUCCGCACCGAGUGGCUCAAGUUCAGGAGAGCGAAACCUGCGGCCAAGUUUGUGCUCCAAGAGGAUACUCCCAAUGAGAACUGCAACAACAACAGACUGGGGGGCUCACUUCCCCCCCUAGCUCCAGUCCCCCCACCCCCACCCAGAGUGGUGCCUACCAUGGGCACGGCCCCCUGGACUGUGCCUACAGUCUCUGGCUCACUGACCCCCCAGCAGGCCCAGUGGUCACCAAAGCCAAAGCCCCUGGGAAGCUCUGUCCAGUCAGCUCUGGUCUCGGAGCUCAAGCAGAAGUUUGAGAACAAGAGUAGAGACAAUAAGGCUUACUUCUAGAGUGUGUCCUGGCCUCCUGCCCCCAGGUGACUGCUCUGCUGCUUGGACCACGAUCCCCAUCCUUUGCUCUUUAGGGCCCCCCCACUCCCCUGCUCCAUACAAUGCUGGAGCUCCACUCUGAGAGCCCUGACAUCCCUUUUCUCUGACUAUCAGGCACAGUUUUCCAGUAUUUCCCUGUUACCCACCAUGGUGACACUGCCACACGGCUCUCUCUUUCGCAGAGGCUGGGAACCAACUGCGUGUGUCUGCCCUCCCCGCCCUCAGCUCCUACUGGAGCCUCAGCGCCCUUGGUCGGGCAGCAUAAUGUUAGCCAUCUGGGAUAAGGCCAAUUAGAAUCUGGAUGUUAGAGGCGCCCGUGGAGAGCAGAGCAGGAGAGGGGGCUCAGUCCUGGCUAAGGUUGGAAGACGGCAAACCCUAAGAACUGCAGAACAAAUGUAGAGUGUGGCGGUGGGGGGAAAGGGGUGGG